AUGUUAUAUACGCUGCUUCUCACGGCCCUCUUUGUGGCGAUUGCCACUCCAUCAUUCGCCCAUGCUAUCCCAGCAGACAACGCGGCCGGGGGCGCCUCGACCCCUGGCCAAGCUCACGGCAGCAUCAUAGCCACCGUAUACACGACUGCCCAGUCAAAACUGGAGAUCAAGAUCGCCAAUAAUGCCUCCGAUACAAUGUACGCCUACCUUACGGGUAUUGACCCCAGCAACGGCAAAGCAGUCGUGUUCCAGAACGGUGCUGAUCGUGGGUACUAUCCCACACAAUCCGGUGUUAUCGACUCUGUCCUCAACCAGCUCGAGAUCGAGAUCGGGACCAACACCGACAAGACGGUUACAUUGAAACAGAACCUCUCGUCGGGUCGGGUGUAUAUCGGUGCGAAGAAGAUGACCUUUAUGGCAGACCCAUCAGGAAACGUGCUCACGCCCUCGCCCUCGGAUCCCAACGAUCCCAACUACGGUUUCCCCUGGGGCCUCGCCGAGCUUACAUGGUCCAACGACGGGCAGCUGGCCACUGACCUCUCAUUCGUCGACUCUUUCAGCCUGGCCCUCGGGCUGAAGGUCACGACAACGGACGGCAACGAAAUUUACAACCCUGGCCUGCCGGCUGGGUCCCUGAAGAAGGUCUGCGACCAGCUCUCAGCCGUCAGCGACGACUGGGGCAACAUGUGCGUCAAGGACCAGAACGGCAAACCCGUCCGAGCGAUCGCGCCGUCCAAAUACAUCAACGAUACCACAGCCGACAGCAUCAAGACCUUUUAUGAUCCUUACGUAGACGACGUGUGGAAGAGGUACUCUACGGACGAGCUCACCAUCAACACCCAGCAGGAAGAGUGGGGCCAGAACGUGACGUGCAAGUGUGGCGGGAGCGUCAUGGCGUGCGCCCAGCCCGACGGGAAGACGUAUAACUACAACAAGCCGACCACCAUGGAGAUACUUGGAUGCAACGGCGGGCCCUUUACGAGCUCAGGAGACGGCAACGACCUCCAGUCACGCACGUGGCCGCGUCUCUGCGCAGCCUUCACGCGCUCGACACUGCUGCUCGAUGGCGGCGACGUGACUCCCAGCUCUGAGAUGGGUGCGAACAAGUACUACACGACCAAUCGGACUAAUCACUACGCCCGGAUCAUUCACAACGUCGCGACACCCAGCAGUGUGGGAACAUAUGCCUUUGCGUUUGAUGACGUUAACGCGCCAGGCACGGGUGAGAACGAAGCUGGCUUGUUCCAAGUCGGGAAUGCGAAGUCGGUCGAGAUCGAGGUCAGGGGUACUUGA